GUAUCCGCUAGUACAUUAGUUACCUGUCACAAGGUAAAGCAAAGCUUUAACUACCCAGUUUUGGCCAGGGGAUUAAGGACGCUUGUCGGGACUUUCCACUAUGUUUCGUCCGAGUUGAUGAAAUGAACUGUGUUGCGAGUGAAACACAGACACUUUGUUAAUUUGGCGAAUUACGGGAGCUAGCAGUUAGCUAGCCUGCUAGCUGGCUAAGUCAGAGCUUGUCACUCUGUCAACAAGUUGUGUUUAGGAUGGACUGCGCGGCGCUGGAGCUCGAUGCUGUCAAAUUUGCCAAAACAGCUGUUACAUAUGACCAUAAUGGCAAAUAUAACGAGGCUGUAUUUUAUUAUAAGGAGGCAGCCCAGGCCCUGAUAUAUGCUGGCAUGGCAGGGUCCAAACUGGAGGGAAUCCAGGACAAAGUGAAUGAAUACUUGGAUCGGGUCCAAGCCCUCCACAAUGCUGUCCAGGCACAGAAGAGCGACCCGCUGAAGUCCCGGCAGCAGGUGGACCUGGAGCGCGCCCACUUCCUGGUCACGCAGGCCUUCGAGGAAGAUGAGAAGGGAAAUGAUGAUGAAGCCAUUGAGCUGUACACUCAGGCUGUGGAGCUGUGCAUUAAGACGUCCAACGAGACAUCGGACCAGGCGCUGCAGACCAAGCUGAAGCAGCUAGCACGUCAAGCUUUAGAGAGAGCGGAAGGUCUUAAAGAGUCCCAGUCCAGAUCGACUCCAGCCCAGACUCAGGACAGGACGGGCCCCUCUGGAACCAGGCCUGCCAGUGGUGGCAAUUCUGGGGGACCAGUCCGCCAGUUUUUCCCCCUUGGGCCAGACUUCAGCCUCCACGACCGACCUCAGCCCCAGCCGGUCCGGGCAGUCCAGUCCAGCGAGCCGCAGGGUCAGCGCUACACGUCUGAAGAGAUCGAGGUGCUCAGGAGUACAUCUACAAUUAACAGCAUGGCCUACGUUCCCUUCAUGAGUGUGGACCUGAAGGAGCGGUUUGCCUUCCCCGUCCCCUUCUCGGACAAAACGGGGAAACUGGCGCUGUCACCCAAACAGAAAGCUAUCUUCUCCCGCUGGGUCCGGCCAGACGAGAUCUGCAAUAACCCCACCAUGAUCAUGUCUGUGUCCAGCUUCAGCAUCAAACAGACGGUGGUGUCUGACUGCUCCUUCGUGGCAUCACUCGCCAUCAGCGCCGCCUACGAGAGGCGCUACAACAAGAAACUAAUCACCAGCAUCAUCUACCCUCAGAACAGGCGAGGGCAACCGGAGUACAACCCGUGUGGGAAGUACAUGGUCAAGCUUCACAUCAAUGGAGUCCCCAGGAAGGUGAUUAUAGAUGACUACCUGCCGGUGGAUCGUAACGGAGAGCUGCUGUGCUCCUACUCCAGCAACAGGAACGAGCUGUGGGUGUCCCUGAUAGAGAAAGCCUACAUGAAGGUGAUGGGAGGCUACGACUUCCCUGGCUCCAACUCGAACAUCGAUUUGCACGCGCUCACCGGCUGGAUCCCUGAACGCAUCGCUAUGCACUCUGACAAUCAGUCAUUCAGCAAGGAUGACACCUUCCGCAUGCUCUUCCAGAGGUUUCACAGGGGUGACGUCCUCAUCACCACGGCAACAGGAGUGAUGACAGAGGAAGAAGGGGAUAGAUGGGGUUUAGUGCCAACACACGCCUACGCUGUUCUUGACAUCAGGGAAUACAAGGGAAUGCGUUUCCUGCAGCUGAAGAAUCCAUGGAGUCACCUGCGGUGGAAGGGGCGCUACAGCGAGCGAGAUGAGAAGAACUGGACGCCCGAACUCCUCAAAUACCUCAACUUUGACCCCAAGACGGCACAGAAGUUCGAUAAUGGUGUUUUCUGGAUCGCGUGGGAGGACCUUUGUCAGUACUAUGAUGUCAUCUACCUGAGCUGGAACCCUGCCUUGUUCAAAGAUUCCUCCUGUAUUCACAGUAGCUGGGAUGGGAAGCAGGGCCCAGUGAAGGACGUCUACAGUCUGGCCAACAAUCCCCAGUACAAGCUGGAGGUCCAGUGUCCAGCAGGUGGCGCUGCCGUGUGGGUGCUGCUCACCAGACACAUCACUGACAAGGAUGAUUUUGCACAAAACAGGGAGUUUAUCACACUGGUCGUUUACAAGACAGAUGGGAAGAAGGUUUAUUACCCAGCGGACCCCCCUCCUUACAUCGAUGGCAUCCGCAUCAACAGCCCACACUACCUGACCAAGAUGAGACUGACAAGUGCGGGGACACACACCUUCACACUGGUGGUUUCCCAGUACGAGAAACAAAACACCAUCAACUACACACUGAGGGUGUACUCUGGAUGCAAAUUCACCUUCUCCAAGAUCCCAAAUCCCUUCACUCACACCAAAAGGAUCAACGGCCAGUGGAAGGGGCUCACUGCCGGAGGUUGUGGGAACUAUAAGGACUCGUACAAACACAACCCCAUCUAUCAGAUUAACCUGGAGCGGCCGGGACCGCUGCUCAUCGAGCUCCGAGGAUCCAGGCAGUACAGCGUUGGCUUUGAGAUGGUGACGGUGUCGACGGUCGGGGAGCCGGGUGCAGCAGCCUCCCAGAAGAAGAGCAGCGGAGAUUACAGAUGCGGUUUCUGCUACAUGGAGGCCGACCACGUCCCAGCAGGCAUUUACAACGUCAUCCCCACCACCUUCCUGCCCAAACAGGAAGGACCCUUCUUCUUGGACUUUGCCAGCACCGCGCCCCUCAAGGUCUCCCAGCUUCAGUGAAGACGGAGCUGGGAGAGAGGACGGGGGCAGGGAUUGGGAGGAAGGUACUUGUCAGGGGAUAUUUCUGAUGUUUCUGUCUGAAUGUGAUGAGGUGUCACGGCCUCCAUGAAGCCCAAAGAGCCCAGAAUGUGACCGGUAGCUUCGACUAAACACCGUCUCAGCCUGUCGCCGUCCUCUCUGGCUGAAUCCUUUUGCUGACGUAAAUGGACAGAUUGUGGACUUGAACUUCAACAUUGACGUGAUGUUACCACACAGUUAUGGUGAAGGAAUAAAUCAUCAAUAAGGAGUCAUCAGGAGGAACUUCAGUAUGGAAUAGAACCCGUCAACCGUCAAGGCGUUUUCGCAACAGAAUAAAAUAAUAUUUUCGCCAAAAAAAAAAAAACGGACAGAUUAAUCGUGAUGAAAGCCAGAUGGAUCAAUUGGCAUCAACAUUGGAUUUCACGAGACUACAGUAAUCACAUGACCACAUCCUGGACUCGACUGGAUGUUGGGAACUAACAGGGUUGAAACGAACACCAGCUGCCUGAGAGCUGCAAAUUCUGUUCAGGUCCUGUUUUGCUGCAUUGAGCAUCUCAUCAGUACAGAAGUGGAAGUCUCAGACUCACCACUGGUUGGAAUUGAUGAAUGUUAUGGUAGUUUUGAGUUUUCACAUGAGGGGUGGAAAUCAUUUUUGGUCUGGGAUUUUUCUUUCAUGGUUUGGGCCCCUUAUAUUCAUUGGUGCAUGACCUCAGUAUCUUAGACCAGUGGAUUUUUUAAGUGAGACCAUGGACCCCAAUUUGAUCGGUGUCCCAGGGUUUUCUUCUUUUACAUAUUUUACUUCAGAAAGUGUUUGAAACUCAUGACAGACAUAGUCAUACAUUCUGCCAUUGUGUUACUUAUGGGUGGCAUUUUAGUGAAAAUAGAUUAGAGGCGAUUGGAGUAGCAUAUUAACAUAUAACACGAAAAGUUGCAGAAAUGUGUGAGGACCACAGCGUUGGUCAGAUGUCUGAGAUGCUCAUUAUUGCAAAACUACUUGAAUAAGAAGCAGUUGCUUGGAACUGGCAGCCACGAUACAAAAAGCAAAACAUUAUUCCUCAAAUGAAGUCCUCAGUUGUUCUUCUCUCUAAAUAUUUAUUUGCCCCAAAACUGAUCAGACUUAUUUGGCUCCCAGGAGUCGAACAGUCCAGAGUCUCUGCCAAAAUAAUAAACGCUGUUUUAGAGUCUGACAGGUUGAAGGGGAAGAGUUGAGGUUCCUCAAAUGACCAUGAAGGUUAUUUUUUUGUUUGUUUUUUUAAUUCUCAGGAGCAGUGCAGCAGAGCAGCACCACAGGGAAUCCAGUAUGGCAGCAGUUGAAUGAUGUCUCUUCAUGUUGUCUGUGGAUGUGACGGCUGAGUGAGAAUUAUCAGCCUGAUUUCACUGACGGGCCUCACGUCAGCACUCAGCACUGCUUGAGGCAGGUAUCGCACACCGUACGUGUUAUACCUGUGUGUGUGUGUGUGUGUGUGUGUGUGUUAGUGCGCGUGUGUGUGUGCAUGUGUAAAUGUUUUGACUUUCAUUUUAAACCUUUCAAAGGUAAAAAUUUAAAUGUAUUGCCAAGUAUACAUCCUGUUUACUUUUAUGUUACCAAACUGCACUUUUUUUUCUUUUUUUUUUUUUUUUUAAAUAAUUUCUCUUCCUGUUUGUUGUCAAACACAGUAUGUCAGUAAAUGGAAAUGAACAUGUCACAUGGCAAAACGAUUAUCAGAAAGCGGCUCAUCUGAAUUCACCUCCUCAGUUUUCAAUGGGAAAGGUUUCUGUUCGGGUGACUUCACCCGUCAGCAGCCGCCCGCAUAAAAAAUGAUGCUGCUAAAUUCUCCACGUCACUAGCGAACCUUUGCAGCCGUGCCAUAACUUCCCUGGCAACAGCGUUUGUUGAGAUGAUGGAAGUGCUUUGGUGGAUUUGCUGAAUGAGAUUUUGGGACUUUAUGUUGUGGUGUGUGUCCAACCAGGAGCGUUGAGUGUUAAAUUUAACACCAGGGUUUUGUUGCAUCAUGGGGAAGCAGUCCUCACUCAGCAGCUGGAUGUGCGUCUGAAACACAUUCUAGCUAAGUCAAAGCAUCGAAUGACUUUCAGUCACAGACAUAAACAUGGUGAGUGUUGCCUUUUAUUGCGUUGCAACUUGCCACUAGUACAGUUACCAGUUUAUUAGGUACAUCUAGCUCAAACUGAUGCAGUGUAAUACAACAGUCCUGCAGUACAUUCUCCUACAUGAAGGUUAUAAUGUUCAGUUAGUGUUGAUAUUGUUUUAGAGAUGUUGAUUCAGCAGUGUGAUCAUCUUGCAGUUGAACUCUAUUGUUUUGUAUUAAGAGAAACACCACACUGUUUAAUGUAAUACAGUUCAACAGCAACACAAACUUACAGCCUUCACUAUACAAACUUCACAUUAUAACCUUCUUAUAGGAGGAUUUACUGCAGCAUUGUUGUAUUAGAUUGCAUCAAUUUUAGCUUGGUGUUCCUAAUAAACUGCCAACUGUUAUGCUCUUUUUUUUUUUCCUCUUUGUUGCAUUGCAGUGAGUAGACAAACCCUCUACAGGCCAACGUGGGAGAAAAAUUUACUUAUUUUUGAGCAUAAAAGUUGAUUCUUGAGUUUGGGAACGUGUUUAUCUUAACACAAGGUUCAGGUUAGUAUCUGUUGCAUAAGCUGUCAACUGCAUCACACACAGUUUGUUCAGUUGUCAUGAAGAAGUAGUGUGUGGACCUUGAGUUAAGAUUCGUCGUUACCUUAUUUUCUGCUACCUUCAGUGCGACUUCAGUCACAGAUGUUUCCACGUUAGUGAAGUGAAUCUGAUUGCAGCGGACUACACAGGUAACACAGUGUUGAGACUCCAUGUCCUCACAUAAACUUUUUCUCUUUUCUGAGCAGGAUGCAAUUGUAAAGUCACUCUCACAGCUCCAUGUUGCCGCAGUAAGAGUCUGCAAGUAUUGAUUAUUUUCAUUUUAAUCGACUGUUAAGUCAGUAAAAUGUAAGAAGAAAUGUAAAGAUCACGUCUUCACAUUGCUUAACUUGCAAACAGUACAAACCUCAAAAUAUUCAGCAAACCAUCACAUUUCUGAAUCGGAAUGUUUUUGGCGAUAUGAAUUGAUAAAUGAAUCAAUUGAUUAAGUAAAUAUUCAAAUUGCUGCUGAUGUAUUUUCGGCUGAAAAAUCAGCUGAUUUGUGAAGGGUAUUCCCUCCACUGCGGCCUCUGUGGUCGUGUGCACGUGGCUCAAAAUGUAGCACACAAAACGUGUAUGAUUUAAUGUUGUUUCCUACAACCUUUGGCUUUGCUAAACAAUCAUUUAGGUCAUUUUAAAGAAUUAAAAAUCCACAGGUCUCGUAGUGUCUCACAGUGACUCAACACACAGGUGAACUUUGACCUGUUUCACAGUAAAACCUCUGGGGUGCAUGAUAACAACUGUCACUUAUAAUCACUGUUAACAAUCCUUCAUAGUAAAAACCAGUGCUGACUGGAGGCUGACCGUAAAUGAACUAAUAACCCUGCUGUGCUAAAAGGUUGAGAAAAAAACAACAAUAGCUUUAAAUAUCCAUUGCCAAGCAUUCUGUCAAAUAUCCACUUGUUCAUUCAUGAUAAUUCUAACUGUUAUGAGUACUCUGUCUUUGUCACCAUGUUAUGUUAUGUCGUUUUAACUGGCAACAAGCCAACUCAUGUAAAGAUGCAGCAGGACAAUCGUGCGGCGACCUGUUGUAUGAAUGAUGAUGUAAUGUUUGCAGAACUUGCACUAAAUGUUGGGUAGACUGAUGUGUUCGAACUUUGAAUACAGAAAAUUGUAUCUGC